GCAACUUGUUUUUUAUUUGUAUUUGUAAGCAAUCGUUGCUAUUUCAAAAUAAAAAUAGAAAAGUUAAAAAAACCCACCUAAAAUUGCAAUCAAACAAUAGGAGGUCUCUUCUAUAAUUAGGACAGUCAUUCUUCACGGGUCCUAACCGCCAAGCAUACAAACUUGAUAAGCGUCGUUUUGAGGCUUGGCUUCGGUUUUUUUUAGAAGCACCACACAGUUCCUUUUCGUUUACGGUGUUCUGUUGUUUUGAUUAAUUUUUAAAAAUUGAAGUUUGAGUUGUCGUGUCGCUGUUCGUUUCAAACUUCUGCAGAAUACUAUUAUAUGAGGAUUUCACACUUACCUAUUUAAAAUGGUGAGAGAACCCAGUAAAUCUACUUCAUCAAAAAGCAUAGAAAUCAGGAAUAAGUCGCCUGCAAGGACCAAAAGUCCCUCAAGGAAAGGAUCUGUACAAAAAAGUCCAGAAUCAAAGCCUCAGGAAACAGUCAGAAAAACAAGGGAAAGAACCAAAAGUCCUUCAAGAAUUGUGAAAGACAAAAGCCCAUCUAGACCUAAGCGAACUAAAAGUCCAGGAAGGCCUAAAUCUCCAGGCCGACCUAAAUCUCCAGGCCGACCUAAAUCUCCAGGCCGUCCUAAAUCUCCAGGCCAACCUAAAUCUCCGGGCAGAGUAUCACCAUCUAGAGCAGCAUCUGGUGAUGCCAAAGUCAGUAUUAAGAAAGUUUCUGUGCCACUUAAUAAGCUAGAAUUAGAUGCUGGAUCUGAUGAUGAUUUUGCAAAAGAAAAACCAAGAGCUACAGUUAAAGGUAGAUCACGUAGAUUCGAACUAGAGGAAAUAAUUAAGCCGGAAAAAGUAAAAAACACCCUACGCUUCGAAUCCUUCAACACCUUCUCUAACGAAGUGAGGAGGCUUACUCGCAGUUCACAAUCCCAAGAACGAGUGGUUCAUCUGAAACAUUUCGAUGCAAUCUCGAAAAAGGGAGAAUUUUCCGACGAUGAACUCACGACAACCAACGUUGAGCCUAUCAAAAAGAGGAGAACUUCUCUGAAGGAUAUUUUAGGAUACUUAUUCAGUAUCUUCUUUACACCAUUGUUGGUUAUCGGUCCCUAUCUUUUGUGCGAUCAGUCGAGAUGCACUUGGGGUUCCUUGCCCGAUUUGAAACAUCUCACCUCUCCGUCUUACUACUUCGAUUUGCAGUCCUUCUUAGGAUACUCUACUGUGGCAGUGUUGGUAGCAGUGUUGAGUGCUCUGCCUUUCGGAGGAAGGAAAGUCUGCAGUUUACCGAGUAAACAACCAAAAUUCACUUUUGUGAUCAAUGGUUUAUUCAUUGUAUUUGUGGUAGUAAGUUCUGCCAUCGGUCUGGAGUAUUACGGGUUUCAAAUUUCCACCUUCAUUGUGAAAAAUCUUUUCCACCUUCUCAUUUCGUCCAUUCUCUUUGGUACCCUGUUUUCCAUAUUUUUAUACGUCAGGAGUUUUUACGUUCCUGUUAGUGCCUUGAAUACGGAACAGAUCGAUUCUUCAUUUCUGAGCGGUGUUAUUUAUGGUAGAGAGGUGAAUCCGCGACUGGGAAAUGUCCUGGACUUCAAGAUGUAUCUUUUGAGACUCUACGCAGUCACGUUGGUUCUUAUAGACGGAGCUCUUUUGGUGAAAGGAUUGGGACUGGAUACAAAACUCGGACCUGCUAUUCAAAAUAUGAAUUUUAAACCGUUGCUCUCAUCUCACCCUACACUCCUAGUGAUCGUUGCUUUGCAUUUCAUCUAUUUCGUCGGCCACAUAGUUUACGAAGCUAGGGCUUUGACUUCUUACUUUAUGCAGUAUGAACCACCAGGUUAUGCCACUAUUGUUAGCGUCUUGCUGUAUCCCUUCCAACUGACGAUUCAAACGAAAUACAUACUAGAACAUGGUGUGAAUUAUCCCAAUUGGGAAUUGGCAGUGUGCUGUCUCGUCUACUUGGUGGGAUAUGUUAUUUUCACCAUAAGUAACAAUCAGAAAGAUGCCUUCAGAAGAAACCCUUACAGUGCUGCAUGUGCAAAAUUCGAGUCGAUUCCGACAAAUCAAGGUAAGAGGAUCUUGUGUUCGGGCUGGUGGGGGGUGGUGAGACAGCCGAAUAUAAUAGGGGAUAUCUUGGUACACUUGGCAUUGUUAAGAUUCGGUCUGGACGCCUACUCUGUGAUUGGAGUUAUAUCGAUCAUUUACAUGCUUGUUGAACGAGCUGCUGUGUCCCAAGCCGAUUGUAAGAGUAAAUACGGUGCGGCCUGGGAUAAAUAUUGUCAAAAAGUUAAAUAUGUUCUGAUACCGAAAGUUUACUGAUAGAAGAAGACAUUUUGUAUAUGUUAAAAGUACAAUAUUUCCAAAUCGUAUUUAUAGUAAAGGUCAUAUUUUUAUUUACAAAAAUGUGACGGAUUUUGCAAUAAGAUUCUUUAAGGAGUGGAUAAAGUAGUUUAUAUACAAGAAUUUGGUGAGAAACUGAUUGAGAAUAUGUUGUACAUAUAUUUUAAAACAUAACAUUGUUGAAUUUAUAUUGAAGCGAAGAAAAAUUUAUUAGGUAUUAUUCUGUACCUGAGAGUGGUGAACAGAACCAAAUGACAAAAGCUCAACUGCUGAUCUCUCUAUUUUUUCAGUUUUAUAGAUCGAUUCUAAAAAAUUGAAAUUAGUACAAAAUAAACAACAUGACUAGUAUAUUGAGACAAUCUUGUGAAUUUCGAAACAAGAUUGUUAUUAUUUAUCGAUUGUGAAAUGAAUAGUUUUUAAUUCAUUAUUUUAACUUUUUUUUAGAGUGAAUUGUAUUUUAGCUUGUUGGACUGUUUUACAGUUUUUUGUCUUCUAAUGGAUGGAUUAUAGCAAAUAUGAUCAUAUUAUAUUCAUAAUGCAUCAGAUUUCGAUUCAUACGGAACUUUCACAUUAUUCAAGCAUUUAUUUUCAAUUCACACGCAAUACUCGUGGAGAUAUAGGACAAUGUGUUUUUUUAUGUCAUAAUUUUAUUUACUCAUAUAAUUUGCAUGUUGUGUAGAAUUGCCCUUCAUAAAAAAUAUUUUGUAUUUUUUUUUAAUUUCUUUAUAUCGAGAAAUUAUCAAUAUAGAAAUAGAUUUUUUAACUAG